CUACAACAUUCUCUCACACAAACACACAUCUCCACUCAGAGACAGAGCAACACAACAUUAGCCAUUUUCUCUAAAUAUCAGGAUAUACACUGCCUCUUACACACGCAAAGUUACACACAUAUAUGCUUCCUCAUUCUCCUCAUGGCUUGUCGGAUGCAACAGCCAACCUGGAGCAGACAUUGGAGAAUCAUCCAACGUUUCUACCAGAUGACCCUCUUUCUCUCCCUCCUGUGCCCAUCCACUAAAUCUGUUCCCUGGGAAAAUGACUUCAGCAACAGCCCAGGAGAGGACUGUGAGGGUUUCCAGGUGGAUGUAUGUGGUGUUUGUGCAGGAGAUGGGAGAUCCUGUGAGCUGUUCAGUGGGACACUCUUUCUUUCUGUGCUCUCUGUUGGCUACCACAAGAUCCUGAACAUUCCCUCUGGAGCUCAACGAAUCAAAAUACAGGAAACACAGAAGACUAGGAACUAUUUAGCUCUCAGGACAGCAACUGGUAAAUCCGUGAUAAAUGGUGACUGGGUGAUUGGCUGGCCAGGACAGUUCUACUCUGCGGGUACUGAAUUCACAUACAAACGGCCCAAUGAAAUACGUAGCAGAGUGGGGGAAUCCAUCACUGCCCCUGGUCCAACCAAUCAGGAGCUGCAUUUGUUUGUCAUAUACCAACAGCCAGAUCCAACAGUGUAUUAUGAGUACAUUCUACCCAGAGACCCCAUCAUCAACACACAUUCAGAAACAUAUUCUUACUCUAGUGUACUUCCUCUGGUAGAGAGCCAUGGGCUGUUUCCUAGCCCUGAGAUUAGUAACAAUGAAAACUCAAUGGGCGGCCUUCACCCUAACCAAGUUCCAUCGGACCCUAUGACCUCUGAGACACUCCCUCUGUACAGUUGGGUUGCCAUGACAAAAACUCCCUGCAGUGUUACCUGUGGAACAGGCAGUCGUCAGGUUCUGUUCAGCUGUAUAGAAAGGGCCACUCAAUCUACCGUAACAGGGGAUCUCUGCAGCCACACACUCCAUCCCGGCUCCCAGGUAGAAGACUGUCAACCACAACCUUGCCCAGCCUUCUGGGAUGUUGGGGAGUGGUCCGAAUGCAGUAAGACCUGUGGUCCAGGUUUCCAGUUUCGUCAGGUGAUAUGCCGGCAGACGCAGGGAUACCAUGGCAAUAGCACGGUCGUUGUGGUGACCAGCCUCUGCGAUAAUACAGAAAUGCCCGAGACAACCACUGUGUGCCAGCUGAAGAUCUGCAGCGAGUGGCAGAUUCGCUCAGAGUGGACAGAGUGCUCUGUGCCAUGUGGAGUGGGUCAGCGCAGCAGAGAAGUUGUUUGUGUGGAUAACCUAGGUGACAUUGUUUCUGAUAUGGAAUGCAAUAUGGCCCUUCGCCCACAGGACCUGCAGAACUGUGACAAGGGAGUGUGUGCCAGCAGCUGGUUCUACUCUCUCUGGAGUGAUAGGUGUUCUGCAGACUGCGCAGACGGCAGUCGCAGUCGGUCAGUGGUGUGUAGGAUGAGUCAUACCAACUCUCUGCCACUGGACAACUGCGAUGAUAAGGAGAAACCAGACGAGCUCAUGCCGUGUGACCUGGGCCCCUGCACAGACCAACUGGAAUGGUACACAGGACCGUGGGGACAGUGCUCAUCUGAAUGUGGCAAUGGCACCCAGAGUCGAGGUGUGGUGUGUGUUCUUCAAAGCAAUGACCAAUUAGGAGUUACCUCAAAUUAUAAUUGCUCUCAUCUGCCCCGCCCUCCAAGUAAACAGACCUGCCAUUUGAAAAGCUGUGGUGCACAAUGGUACAUGACAGCUUGGAGCUCAUGUUCUCGUUCUUGUGAAGGAGGCUUUCGAGUGAGGGAGGUACGCUGUUUGCGAGAUGACCAGACAAGUAGCGAUGACUGUGACCCUGCACUUGAACCCGUAAAACGAGAAGAGUGUAAUACACAAAACUGCACGCCACAUAUUGAUGAAUCCUGCAAGGAUUUGUACUAUAACUGCGUGGUGGUGGUCCAGGCCCGUUUAUGUGUGUAUUCGUACUAUCGCACCACAUGUUGUGCAUCAUGCUCUCGGGUUGUUCAUUGAGAUAAACACCAUAGAAUCUGAUGAUCCAGUCUCUUUGUCCUUGGGAUAAGACAUCACUGCCUCCUUCUCCCUGAACUGUGAUGUCCUUGUCUCUUUGAAGUCAGGAGUCAUGACAUCAUUCCCAACCUGUUUUCAGCUGAAUCUAACCCUGAGAUGACAUCACCGCUCACCUCCUCUCUGACUCAAAGAGCAAAGAACACUUGUACGCAUUCUUUAUAAAAUACAAAGUGAGAAUGCUCCAUGAGAAAUUUUAUAUUUAUUACAAAUAAAAACUGAGCCUCUUUUAUUCCAUUUACCAUGUUCAUUAAUGUCUAAAAAUAAACAAUAAGAUAAUUAAUACCUUCAAAAUUAAAUUUAUAUGACUAGGUAAGUAAUGGUAGUAGAGCGAGAACAUAUACACUAGGGUUGGGCGAUGUCCCCUAAAUUGGCAGUUGACGAUGUUGACAGUAAAACAUCGCGAUGGACGAUGAUAUCGCGAUUUAAUAUAAUUUCAUAUAAUUUUCAAAAAUUAUAAUUUCGUUAUUUUACUAACCCAACUAAUGACUCGGCGCUUUAUCAGUAGGUUGCACGACACGUGAAGCAUUUUUUUUUUUUUUAGCUUUCACUUAAAGAGUUGUGCACUUUUUAUUUUAAUAUAUCUCUUUACAUAAAUACUAUUUUCCACUUAAAAAACUAUAAUUUCGUUAUUUUACUCACUGAUGAGCAAAAGGUCGAGGCUGCAGGAAAUGGCCAUUGAUGGGGAAGAGGACCCGCUGACUUGGUGGAAAACGAACGACAAAAGGUUUCCGUUCAUGGCAAGAUUAGCACGGAAAUAUCUGUGCAUAUGUGCUACCAGUACUCCAUCAGAGCGGGUCUUCAGCACAGCGGGUAGUGUAGUUACUCCAAUCCGCAGCUUAUUAAAACCAGAUAAAGUGAAUAUGUUGGUAUU